CACGUUUCAAAACCCCGGGUGUUUGCCCUGGAUAUCGUUGUCCACGUACGAUAUGUCUCAGCUAGUCACCCCAUAGUCUGACCAAAAUUUGUGGGGAGAGACUCGAUGUGGUCUCUGGACCUCGGCUCCCGAGGCAGGAGCUCGUCCCCGCAAACCUCCAGCAUCGCCGAACCAACCGACAGGCGUGGUUGGCGAGUCGCCCCAUCCCUUCAAUUACCCCAGACUCCUCGGACCCUUGGUCUCCAGACUCUUUCCAUUACCGUUCAUCACAGCUUGAAAAGAUUGAGCCAAGAUGUCUGUCCCAUACAACCUGCUUCAGAAUGCCGCCAGUGGCCACAUCCCGGCAUCACAGCGCAUUCCUACAAUUGCGCGACCCUUUGUCAGCGAGAGGGCUGCGAAGACUCUUGACAUUGUCGAGAAGUUCGUCGAAGAGGAAUGCAUUCCCGCCGACCAAGUAUACCUCCGCCAGCUUGGCGAGACGACCAAGGAGCGCUUCUCGGCACACCCCCAGAUCAUCGAGGACAUGAAGAAGAGGGCACAGGAGCUUGGGUUGUGGAACAUGUUCCUUCCCAAGGCACACUUCAAGGAGGGUGCUGGAUUUAGCAACCUUGAGUACGGUCUCAUGGCCGAGUACCUGGGCAAGAGCAGGAUAGCUUCUGAGGCUACCAACUGCGCUGCUCCGGAUACUGGCAACAUGGAGGUAAUUGCCAAGUACGGCUCUGAGGCACAGAAGAGGAAGUGGCUCGACCCUCUGCUGCAAGGCAAGAUUCGAUCUGCCUUCCUGAUGACAGAGCCUCAAGUCGCCUCCAGUGAUGCUACAAACAUCGAGAUGACAAUCACACGCGACGGCGACCACUACGUCUUGAACGGCCAGAAAUGGUGGUCUUCCGGAAUCGGUGACCCCCGCUGCAAGGUCUUCAUCGUCUUGGGCAAGACCGACCCCAACAACGCCGACAAGUACAAGCAACAGUCCGUCAUUCUCGUUUCCAGCGAAACCCCUGGUGUCACCAUCCACCGCAUGCUCUCAGUCAUGGGUUUCGACGACGCACCCCACGGUCACGGUCACGUAACCUUCACCAACGUUCGCGUCCCCGCCUCCAACAUGGUUCUCGGCGAGGGCAAGGGCUUCGAAAUCAUCCAAGGCCGUCUCGGCCCCGGUCGCAUCCACCACGCCAUGCGCAGCAUCGGCUCAGCCGAGAAGGCCCUCGAGUGGAUGCUCGCGCGCCUGAACGACGAGCGCAAGAAGCCCUUCGGCGAGAUGCUGCACAAGCACGGCAUCAUGCUUGAGCGCGUCGCGCGCUCGCGCAUUGAGAUCGACGCCGCGCGCCUCUCCGUCCUCAACGCCGCCAUCAAGAUCGACGAGACCAACGCCAAGGGCGCCCUCAAGGAAAUCGCAGAGGUCAAGGUCCUCGUCCCCGAAGUCAACCUCAAGGUCAUCGACUGGGCGAUCCAGGCCUACGGCGGCGCGGGUGUCAGCCAGGACACCCCGCUCGCGAACAUGUACGCCAGCGGCAGGACGAUGAGAAUCGUCGAUGGCCCCGAUGAGGUGCAUCUGCUGCAGCUGGGCCGCAACGAGAACAAGAGGGGUAUUGCGCACAAGCAGCGGAUCGAGGCACAGCAGAAGAAGGGCGAGGAGCUGUGUAGGAAGUACGGCAUUGAGCCCAGGGAUCCGCUGUAUCUGAACAGGACGAGUGCCGAGGCCGCCAAGUUGUAAAACCUAGAUAUUGUGUAUAGCGUGUAUUGAACGUCGGUGUCUUGGUCA